GCUGCUGGGAGUUUGGAGCUCGACAGAGAGGGAGCGGGUUCGCUGGGGAAGCUGUAGAUCAUCGGCUGGGCUCUUCUCUGCUGAUCUCUCACUGUCUUCGCAGUUUGGCCGUGUCAGCUCCGGGAUAUGUCCGCUCGGCUCCCAUGCCGGUGUGGAUUUAAGUCAACCUGAAAUAUGAACAGAAGAAGAAAAUAAGGAGAGGAGACUGAUUUCCUGUGGGAAUCUACUCAGCCUUUUUUUUUUGUCUUUUUUUUUUUUUUUAACCCGAGGACAUGUCUACUCUAUGGAGCAAAACAGUGAGGGGGUAGCUGGUCGACACCCCGGCUAGCGAAACAUUUUCAGCCUUUUCAGAUGAUUGUGCAGCUGAGGAGUUAAUUUAUUUUGGACCUACUUGGAGUAAAAAAAAAAAAAAAAAAAAAAGUCAGCAUGGGUGAGCCCAGCCUGGAUGACUCCAAUGUCAAGGUGGCUGUGCGGGUCCGGCCCAUGAACAGGAGAGAAAAGGAGCUAAACACAAAAUGUGUUGUGGAAAUGGCGAAGAACCAGACAAUCCUCCAUCCUGCUGGAGCCAACUUAGGAAAAGCAGACUCUCGAAAUCAGUCCAAGGUUUUCGCCUAUGACUAUUGCUUCUGGUCCAUGGAUGAAACGGAUAAGGAGAAAUUUGCAGGUCAGGAGGUGGUUUUCCAGUGCCUUGGGGAAAGUCUUCUCCACAACGCCUUCCAGGGCUACAAUGCCUGUAUAUUUGCCUAUGGACAAACUGGGUCAGGGAAGUCGUACACCAUGAUGGGCUCUGGUGACCAGCCUGGGCUGAUUCCUCGACUCUGCAGCGCUUUGUUUGAGCGAACCAAGGAGGAGCAGCGGGAGCAGGAGAGCUUCACCGUAGAGGUGUCCUACAUGGAGAUCUACAACGAGAAGGUCCGAGAUCUGCUCGACCCGAAGGGGGGCCGACAGGCGCUGAGGGUGAGGGAGCACAAAGUUUUGGGUCCCUACGUCGACGGCCUGUCACGCCUAGCCGUAGCUAGCUACAAGGACAUUGAGUCUCUGAUGUCAGAGGGGAAUAAAUCUCGGACGGUCGCUGCCACAAACAUGAACGAGGAGAGCAGUCGAUCGCACGCCGUCUUCAACAUCAUCCUCACACACACACUCAAGGACCUGAAGUCUGGGACGAGUGGGGAGAAGGUGAGUCGUUUAAGUCUGGUUGACCUGGCUGGAAGUGAACGUGCAGCAAAAACUGGAGCUGCAGGAGAGCGACUGAAGGAGGGGAGCAACAUCAACAAGUCUCUUACUACACUUGGUCUGGUCAUUUCUGCGCUAGCUGAACAGGGAACGGCGAAGAACAAGACCAAGUUUGUUCCCUACAGAGACUCGGUUCUGACUUGGCUGCUGAAGGACUGCCUGGGGGGCAACAGUCGCACAGCCAUGGUGGCAACGGUGAGCCCGGCGGCGGACAACUACGAGGAAACCCUGUCGACGCUGCGCUACGCCGACCGAGCGAAGAACAUUGUUAACCAUGCCGUCGUCAACGAAGACCCCAACGCGCGCAUCAUCAGGGAGCUGAGGGAAGAAGUGGAGAAACUGCGAGUGCAGCUCACUCAGGCCGAGUCGAUGAAGGCUCCGGAGUUGAAAGAGCGCCUGGAAGAGUCUGAGAAGUUGAUCCAAGAGAUGACCUACACCUGGGAGGAGAAGCUCCGAAAAACCGAGGAGAUCGCACAAGAACGUCAGAAGCAGUUGGAGAGUCUGGGGAUUUCCCUUCAGUCUUCAGGGAUCAAAGUUGGAGAUGAUAAAAGUUUUCUUGUCAACCUGAACGCGGAUCCCGCCCUCAAUGAGCUGCUGGUGUACUACCUGAAGGAACACACGCGUGUGGGCUCAGCAGACUCCCAGGACAUCCAGCUGUGUGGGAUGGGAAUCCAGGCAGAGCACUGCGUCAUCGACAUUACAGCAGAGACUGCCGUCAUCCUCACCCCCCACCCCAACGCUCGGACGUGUGUUAAUGGUUCUCCAGUAACCAGUGCUUUGCAACUUCAUCACGGUGACCGAAUCCUCUGGGGAAACAACCACUUCUUCAGACUCAAUCUAGCGAAGCGCCGUUCGCGGCCAGCGGAGGAAGAGGAGGGCGAAGGCGGCAUGUUGAAGAACAGCGGCAGCAGCGAGCAGCUGGACGCCGACGGUGACACGGCCAGUGAGGUCUCCAGCGAGGUCAGCUUCUCUUACGAGUUCGCUCAGACCGAGGUCAUGAUGAAGGCCCUGGGCAGCAACGAUCCCAUGCAGGCGGUCCUCCAGUCUCUGGAGAGGCAACACGAGGAAGAGAAGCGGUCGGCUCUGGAGCGACAGAGGCAGAUGUACGAGCAGGAGCUCCAGCAGCUGCGCAAGAAGCUCAACCCAGACCGCCUGUCCACCGGCCAGCCUGGAGGACAGACGUCUGUCCAGCCAGGGCAGGGACAGCAGUCUCACUACCGCAGCCUGGAGCGGCUCAGUGUGGGAGGGAUGAGCCACUCUACCAGCGCUCAGAGCAGACUGAGGCAGUGGAGUGAAGACAGGGAGGUGGUUUUGGUGAGGAGCCUCCGGAGGCUGAGGGAGCAGAUAGUGAGAGCAAACCUCCUGGUGCAGGAAGCGUGUUUCAUCUCCGACGAGCUGGAGCGCCACACCGAGUACAGAGUCACCCUGCAAAUCCCGUCAGACAACCUCAACGCAAACCGCAAGCGGGACGCGGUGCUCAGCGAACCGGCCAUUCAGGUUCGACGGCGGUGCCGAGGCAAACAGAUCUGGAGCUUGGAGAAGAUGGAGAACCGUCUGGUGGACAUGAGAGAACUUUACCAGGAGUGGCAGGACUAUCACGUCCACCACCAAGACGACCCAGUAAUGCGUUCAUACUUCCGCCGAGCCGACCCCUUCUUCGAUGAGCAGGAGAUUCACAGCCUGAUUGGCGUCGCCAACGUUUUCCUUUCCUGUCUGUUCUACGAUGUGAAGCUGCAGUACGCCGUUCCCAUCAUCAACCAAAAGGGAGAGGUCGCAGGACGCUUGCAUGUGGAGGUCAUGAGAGUGGGAGGGGGCUUGGAGGACAACAUGGCGGGAGGAGAUGAACCCGACAACAACCAGGACUCUGAAUUUGAGGAUCGCAAACUGGUCUGCUCGAUAAAGAUCCUGCAAGCCACCGGUCUGCCGCAGCACCUGUCCAACUUCGUCUUCUGUCAGUAUUCGUUCUGGGACCAGGCUGAGCCCACCAUCGUGGCCCCUGAGGUCGACCCAUCUUCCUCGUCGCCCAACUCAAAGGACCCGCACUGCAUGGUUGUGUUUGACAGCUGCAAGGAGGUGGCAGUGUCGGUGACGGAGGAUUUCAUCGAGUAUCUGACUGAAGGAGCGGUUGUCAUCGAGGUGUUUGGACACAAGCAGUCUGACGCAGGAAGAAACCCGGCCCUGUGGGACCUCAGCAUCAUCCAGGCCAAAACGCGGACGCUACGAGACAGGUGGAGCGAGGUCACACGUCGCCUGGAACUGUGGAUUCAGAUCCUGGAAAUAAACGAGAACGGAGACUUUGUCCCGGUGGAAGUAGCUCCAGCCAGAGACGUGAGCACGGGGGGAAUCUUCCAGCUUCGACAGGGCCAGUCGAGACGAAUCCAGGUGGACGUGCGCUCGGUUCAGGACUCGGGCACGAUGCCGCUGAUAGCAGAGAUCGUGCUGGCCGUGUCGGUGGGCUGCGUGGAGAUCAGGACCAGCACGGCGAACCAGGAAGGGGACGAGAUGGACAGCUACCAGGACAGAGAUCUGGAACGUUUGCGGCGGCAGUGGUUGGCUGCGCUCACCAAGAGACAGGAAUACCUGGACCAACACCUGCAGAGCCUGGUUAGCAAAGCAGAAAAGACAGAGGAUGACAUGGAGAGGGAGGCGCAGCUGCUGGAGUGGAGGUUGACUCUCACUGAGGAGAGGAACGCCGUCAUGGUGCCCUCUGCUGGCAGCGGCAUUCCUGGCGCUCCUGCAGAGUGGGCGCCUCUACCAGGGAUGGAAACGCACAUUCCAGUCCUCUUCUUGGACCUUAAACCCGACGACUUCAGCUCCCACGAGCAGUUUGAAGUGCCUGAAGCCGGAGGCUGGGACGCCAUGUUGACUGGAGAAGACGAGGACGACUUCUUCGACCUGCAGAUUGUCAAACAUUACGAUGGAGAGGUGAAAGCCGAGGCGUCGUGGGACUCCACCGUCCAUGAGUGUCCCCAGCUGAGUCGUGGCGGGUCGUGGCCGGAGCAGCGCGUCUACCUGACGGUGCGGGCGGUGGUCCAGCUCAGCCACCCCGCCGACAUGCAGCUGGUGCUGAGGAAGAGGAUCUGCGUCAACGUCAACCCGGGUCGCCAGGGUUUCGCCCACAACUUCCUCAGGAGGAUGUCGACCCGCAGCACCAUACCUGGCUGCGGUGUCACUUUCGAAGUGGUUUCCAACAUUCCUGGGGAUGCUCCAGGUUCAGAGGACAGAGAGAUGCUUGCCCGGAUGGCGGCGAGCGCACACAACAGCCAAUCGGGAGAUGACGAGGCCGCCAUUGAGAAAUACCUCCGCAGCGUGAUGAGCCUGGAGAACAUCCUGACCCUGGAUAGACUCAGACAGGAAGUAGCAGUGAAGGAGCAGCUGACUGGCAAGGGGAGGAGUAACAGGAGGAGUCUGAGCUCUCCGUCUGUCCACAGGCUGUCUGGAAGUAGACAGGACCUGUCCACAUCUUGCCUGUUGGAUGAUAAGGGUCGAUGGGAGAGCCAGCAGGAUAUCUUCAUGCCCACUCACCGCACCCUCCCUCGUCCGGCUUCAUCCCCGUCUACAUACUCUACCUCCCCCUCUUCAUCCACCAUGCCCUUCAAUGUGACCCCCCCACAGAACCAGGAACCAGAGCAAGGUCGUUUAGGACUUGCUGCCUCUUAUCUUUCAGUUAAAGCCCUGGUUCCUCAGAUGCCCAAACUGCUCAAGUCUCUGUUUCCUGCUCGGGACGACAAGAAAGAGCUCAGACCUUCGCCGCACGGCCAGCAGCAGCAUGGGCCUCGCAUUGCUGCAUCAACGGGAGGGGACGAUAGCAGAGGCAAGCCUGAGACGGCUGUUGUCCCACCACCCGCUGCCAAAGACAGAAGGGCCGAGUUUCCGGACAUCCCUCCUCUUCCUGUGCAUGACCCGCAUGACAUCACCCCCCUCAGCCCCCUCAGCCAGUCGUCAAGCGGGUAUUUCUCCGCUAGCGUUUCUACGGUUACCCUGUCCGACGUCCUCCAACCUUCCUCCUCGUCUUCGUCCCUCUUGGGCGCCGACGCUGCGUCAUCCUCAAACCCCCAGCAGAAGCAGCAGCAGCAGGGCGCUGACAAGAACGAUGUUGUGACCUCUUCCCCCCAGUGCGGCGCCAAGAUGGCCGUCGUAGCGUCCAAUCACAACAGCGUCCCGGCAGAACUCUUCUUCUCCGACCAGAAGCUAGUUGAAGGGUUUGAGCGGCUGGAGAUCUUUGUGGACGACGGCGACAGCCGCGGUCAUGACGACGUGCCGCCCGACUGGCUGACGGAGGGCGCGUACGUCACCGUAGGAAGCAACAAGGCCGGAACUGUGCGCUACGUGGGGACGACGCAGUUCGCCGACGGAGUGUGGGUGGGCGUGGAGCUGGACACCCCAGUAGGUAAGAACGACGGGUCAGUCGGAGGCCACCGAUACUUUCUCUGCAAACCAGGCUAUGGAGUGCUGGUCCGCCCAGACCGUCUGUCGUGCUGCGACCGAGCCGCUCGGCGAACCACCGACGUCGCUCAGCCGGCCCACGUCCCCGUCCUGCGAGGGGAAGCCAUCAUAGCGCGCAGAGGAGAGAACCGCAAGUCCUGGAGCAACUGAGAUGGGAGAGAGACAAACUCCUCACAGCCCAUCUGCUCUUCCGUGACUCCUAAAAGCACAUCAGGCUCUGUUUACUUCCUGGUAACAUGUUGCUGGAAGCUCCUCGUAUGCGGCUUCAUGUCAAAGAAAAAAACAGAUCAGAGUAAAGAGCCUGUGUAGGAGAAUGACUGUUCGGUCCAAUGAAGGGCUGGAUACCACACGGGGGAAAUGAUGUCGUCUGUGGGAAGCUGGUGGCUAGUACGCUGAGAGCGAACGAGAGCCGAAGCGUCCGUUCAGAGAUCCUCUCUGAGUCGAUACGCAGCAAUGCAAACUCGUCACGUCUUUUUAAAACACUAUUGAAACACAUACUGAAAAAGAUGGAACUUAUAGGAUUAUUUUGGUUUGUUUUACAUAUAAAUAAGGAAAUAGAGGAAAAAACACUUUGAAAGAUUUUUGACGAGAAAUGUUUGCUUCCCUGCAUAUCGGCUUUCCCCUGAAGUUCCCGGACGCGCCACGACGACGACGACUGCCGCCCUCCUGAACUGAGCCUCGUCGCUCCCUUCCUGGACUUUUUUCUUUCUUUCUUUUUUUAAAGUCUCCAGAACGUGCCUUUCGCCAUGGUCUGGUUUGUGUUUGCUUUCUGUGUUUUGUCUUACUCGCGUUCCGUUUGCCGUGUCAUGUGUUGACGAGAAAGCCUUGUGCAAAGUGUGAGGUGAUCUCAGGGAUCGCAGAGGGGGUGGGGGUUUGUGUACGUGUGUGUUUGUGAACCGUAGUGUACGUAAAAUAUAUUGUGUCAAAAGAUGAAGCCGCGUGGAAAAAGCCACUAGAGGUUGAUUUUUAUUAUUAUUAUUUUUUUUUUCUUUUGCACUGGACGCGUUGGAGGGAAAAGCUUCUGCAUGAGCAUGGAGAGUGCUGGAGAUUUCCGAUGAUGGCUACUGUCGUUUAAAUGCAAGUGUCGACGGAAAGACGAAGAAGGAUGUGUUUAGUUGGGGGAGUUUCUGCUUGAGAGGAAAAGCUGAUUUUAUUCUAUGCAUGUGAUUUAAAAAAAAAAAAAUCUAACACAACGGGGAAAAUGAGAAUAUUUGGGAGAGCGUCUGCUUGUUUUUACAUUCCAGACACAACUCAGAUAACCUUGGAAGGUUUUAAAUGAGUUUUUAUGAUUUUAUGAAACAUUCCAGAGGCAUUUUAACCUGAACAUUGACCUAUAGAGAUGUUUCCAAGAUAUUGUUUUAGGACUCUACUAGACGGCGUCCAUUUGCUGUACAGCGAGCUAAAGGGCAACUCCACCUUUUUAACCAAGCGUUUCUUCUCUACUGAGGUCAGAGGGCAACAUGUCAAGCUUUGGAGCGUUGUUGUGUCACCAAGAGGGGACUGAGUUUGAUAUAAAGAUGGAAGAGGAAUGUUUUAUCUGUCCUGCGAUGCCAGGUCAUUCUGUUACUACAGCUGCCGGCUUUGUUCCUGCUGAUGACGGCUGGGGUUAUGAUUCUGGACACGUAGUCUGUGCUCACUGUCUGUUCCUGUGGUGGUCACUUCCGGUCAGAGUUUUAUAUACACUCUUCAUCAGUGCAAAUUUAAUUUUUGUUCUGGACUUUAAAUGAAGCAUUUAACUCGGUAAUUAUUUUUCCACGGUAGAAUAACUUCAACGAUUUUGGCCCCAUUUGUAGACAAAUGUCUUGGCUCCUGUUAUUGUUUACCUCAAAAAAUCUUGAGCAUGCGCCCGAUUUUGGAGGGCAAAAAGAUGAUUUUUUAUGCCCUCCUGCCACAGUAGAGCAGUUUCAAAAUAAAACCUAUGAUUAAUUUGGUGCAGUGCAACUAAGGGAAACAUAAUGCAGAAAAAACAUUGAACAGCAACCCAGAAACCACUUGUAUUCUUAUUUUUCAACACCAAAAAAGCAUGCAAACAUUUCCCACAGAAAGAACAGAACCUUAAGUCUGUUAGUACAGUUUUAUGUUUUCAAGUUUGAUAUUUAUUUUGUGAUCAUAAAUAAGACAUCGUCUGAAAACAGCGAUGGUUGACUAGCUAAUUUAAACACCUGCUGUAAAGAUGUGAUGAUCUGUCCGAGAGUUGGGGUGCGAGUCCCCCCAUUUUUAAUUUAACUGAACGAAACACACCAAAUUCUGCAGCCCAUCCACAUGUUAAGGUUGUCAAAGUCAAGCUAGCAUAACUGACCUAUUUCCCUCUGACUCGUUUUUCUUCUUUCAAUUAAAACUUUUUUCCGACUUUUAAGACGUGAUACCCUUGAACUUUAUCUGUUGACAAUUAGCAUCAAAACAUUGGAUCCAUCUUUCUUUUUUGUGUCCUUUAUACAUUUAACAUUUAGCUUGGUAGGUUGAGAAUUUGACAGCCAAAACCAAUGGUAGCCAUUGUCGACGAGCAGGAUUUUCUUGGAAUCUUAUGCUUGUGAAACCAUAACUAUUAUUUGAUUUAAUUCCAGCUGGAUGUUUCGUCACUGCUGUUUAUCGGGAAUAAUAGAACGGAUUUGUUUAAAUUGUGCAGCCAAGACGUUUCUAUAGGAUUGACAUUUGGGGCCAUUCCAGAAGUUUAGUCUAUGUAUCAACCACACAGCAUCAUCAUUCAACUGUGUUUUGCAUCAUUGAUGCCAAACAUGUAAGUGCAUCAAUAAAACCCUCAAUUUAAAAUGAUCUCCAUGCUGAUGAAUAGUGCAUGUAAAUCUGUGACUAGCCCUGCACACUCAGGACUCUUAAGACUCUAACAGUGAAGAUGUUUUGUAAGUUAUCAGUUAUACUGUGUGCAUAUAGACCCUUGUUCCUCAAGAGUCCAUUGGGAUUUCAUCUGUUUUAUAAUUGCGUGUUCUUUACUUGAGAGGUAAGCAAUAAGUAUUUACUUGUACACUUGCUUUUAUCGCACGGGAGCUGAUGAAGUUAUUUUAUUGGAAUGAUUAUUGCACAAUGAUUUAAUGAGAACUGCUGCUAUGAGCGUUGUAAAUAGACUUGUAAAUUAAUCAAUUGAUUUUUGUGUUUCUCCAUCUCUUGCUGUUUGCUUGAAUGGAUUUUAAAGUUUUUGGAAAAAGCUAAGGGGUGGUGCUUUGGGUGGUUCGUAUUCUUUAGGUAAUGUUGAGGCACUUUGUCUUGUGAGCAGGGAAGAGAAGGUGGUGAGGACGAGCACACCUGCGUUCUUAUAAGGAAAGAGACGUUUUUAAUGUUGAAUCUGCAAUAACGUUGGAAUCUAGUUUGUCACCAGAGUUGAGUUUAUGAUUUGUGCAUUUUAGUCGUGGGCCAUUUGCCAUUAACGAGGUACAGAAAGGUUUUAAACACUUAUGGUUUGAAAGCGAAUCAGGUUUUUUUCUGUUUGGUUUAAUGUCCUUUUAGUCAGAUACUGGUAAAUAGUAAACGGGCAAUAACGACUGCGAUUUUGAUUAACAGAUAACUAAGCUUCUCCUCUUUCCCAUGCCUACUAAAAAAAUGAGGGAUCCACCAAUUUUAAAUUUUGUGCCAAUAAUAUUAACCGAUAUUUCCCAAUAUCACUCAUAAGUAAUAUCGGAGCCCAUACACAAAUGGAACAAGAUGAAGAUAGACAUCGCUUGUUUAUAUCAACCCAGUUUUACUUAUUUUAUUGAGAUGUUUAAAAAAAUGACUAACAGUGGACGCUCUGAUGGAUCCCUCAUGCAAACGUUAAGCUGUUUGGAUAGGUGGUUAUAACCAACCUGAAUAAUAGUGUGGAGCCUGAAGGAGUAACACUGAUCACUUUUAUUUAUGAAACACUUUAAGACUACAGUUAGCAAGUUAGCAGCAGCUACGUUAGCAGAUAGCCCAACUAAAGAGGCUAAUAUUAUCUUUAGCUUCUAAUACAUACCAUAAUCUCAUUUGGCAUCAUGCUUUCUGGAACUUUGUAACUGACAGCCAUCUUGGUAGAUAUGCACAGCUAAUUGUCAUAACAGGUGCUAUGGAGUUGCUAUGACAACAAUAAACAAGCCACAAGCUUAGAACUAGCUCUCGCCUCAUUCCUAUCUAGUUUAUAAACAUUACAACUGUUAAGUCAUAAACUUUUUCUCUAUAGACUUUCUUUUUGUUGGCCUCAAAGCCAAAAGGUUCAUCUAUGCUUGGUGCUGCACUUGCCUACCAAGAUGGCGGUUCAGUGGCACAGAUGCCUUCCAGGUCAGACUGGUCUGAAACUAUGUAUACUCCAAGUAUUACUUUGGACUAAAGUGAUACAAAAGCAAUAAUAUUCUGCUCAAGAAUUUGGAAAAAACUACUAGCUAGUUUUAACUCUGUCAAAACUAAUAAUUUACAACUAACAGUACUACUGUUGUAAUCAGUGCUUUGAAGUUUGUGUAUGUUAAUACCACAAUAUGGCACACUUUAUUUCUAACUGUAUCACACAACAAGACUGUAGACAGGCCCAUGACUAAUGCAGCUGUUAUUUAGCCGGAUGUAUUGGAGUUCUCUGAUUGGUCGGGAGAUUUGACUGUUUUGUAACUUUCUGGUUCUAACAGGUGGUUCUGAAGGAAAAGCAGUAAGUUUUCUGGUGUGUGUGUGUGUGUGUGUGUGAAGGAAUGUUGUGUAGCUCCGCUCUGAUGGAAAACGAUCACCAGCUGCUUCCUGCAAGGCUGCUGGACCUUCCUUUUCCAGUCCGGCCUCAGAGAUGGUUGCCGUGGGGAUGGAGAAGGGGUUAAAGGGGGCUGAGAUCACUUCAGACUUCUGCUUGUUUCCUUUUGUUGCUGUGCCUCAGAAACCACGACUCUUUCUCAUGUCGUGUUAUAUCGACUACACUUUGCACAGAGGGGAGAAAAAUGUGCAACUCUUGGAUGGAAACGACACGCCUGUUUGGGUUUUUUGUUUUUCUGUUCAGUGUUCUCGAGCUACGUGCUCUUCUAUUUAAGUAAAAAACAAAACAAACAAAAACACACUUUACACUUCAUGUUCUUGUUUUAUCUAAAUGCAGAGCUAAGCUCAGCUACAGCAAACGGUCAGUCCUCUGUAUAAACAAGGUUUGUAGGAUCCCAAAGUAUGGAUGAACUCUGACCUCAGAGUGGAUUUAGAGCAACAAAAAGACAUUUGAACACAAUAAAAUGGCUGUUCGUUUUUACACUGGUGCCAAGCCAGCGUUAUUUAUGGAUCCGUAUCAGCCAUUAGAGGCACUUUGUUCUAUUUUUAUUCCCAUUUGUAUCUUUCAUAUCGAGUCUUUAUGAGCCUUCAGACCUUCACACUGUUUCCUUUUUUUGGUUCAUCGUGCUGUUCCAAGUGCAGCCCUCUGCCUCUAAUGUGGCCUUCAGCCUUGAUGCAGAACAAUUUCCAGCUGAGCAGUCUCAGUUCUCACUCUCUCUAAAGGUGUGGUUUAUUACAUUAAACUUUCAGCAAACUGUCUAUCUUUGCGGGUUGUUUACAAAAUAAUAAGAGCCCACUUUGGUUUCCUAAAGAAAGUCUCUUGGUCUCAGGAGCUGUCAGGUUCAUCACUGCCUGUUUUCCUCUGAAGGAAUUUGCCUAGAGUCGCCCUCUAGUGGCUGCUUUGAACACCUCAGCCAGAAAAUGGAGGGGUUUGUCUUCCAUGCUGGGAAUUUUAGCUGCAACCAGGAAAAAAAAGGGAGUCACAACUACCCAGGACCAUAUCAAAUCAAAUCUAGUUUCAGGAUUUAAAUUUAUGUAUUUAUUUUUUUGGCUAAAACAGAAUUGGAAGUUUAUUUUAACCUUUGAGCUACCUCAGUCCUUGCUCCAGUGUGUUCCGACCGGCUUCAGUGUGUUCUCGAACAUCAAAAAGAACCACAAAAACAAGCAAUACGGAGCUGUCAAGUGCAGUGUCCAACCAUUUCAAAAAAACUUUCAGCUCCAUCUCCUGUUUGGGUUAUUUUCUCCUCCAUGUUACUCCAACCAUAUGUACCUGGGCUGCAUAACGAUGGAGGCUCAUAAGAGUGCGAAGGUUACUUUCCCCUCAUGUAGCUGAGGAUGAACUGUAAUGCUCAGCUGUUCGUUUUUAAUGUGGCCUUGGCCUGGUCAACAGUAUUACUAUUAUCAUUGUAAGAAAUCAUGAUCAGUCACUGCUGCUGUUGAUUGUGUGGAGCAGGAAUGUCUGCCUGCAUCAUUUCUGUGUUUGUUCUCUGGAUGUGUGUGUGUGUGUGUGUGUACGUACAUAUGCGCAUAUUAAGACUUAUAAAGUAGAGAAAUCUGAGCACAAGUUUUGAUUAAUUUAAUUGUUUUAUGUAAUAAUUUUAUGCUGCAAUCCAAAGAAUAAACAUGUAUUAUAAUACA